UAGAUUCAUAAAUAUUUCUUCAUAAUUUUUUUUCACUGUAAAUUUUUUUCAUCACUCUAAAUUGGCCGUCUCUAGCUCGAAACCCUAGCAUUCAAUCUCUGCAAUUUUCAGAAAGGCCAUCAUCUUCUAUUCGAUUUUACUAGCAUUAACAGCUUAUUGGAUGGGAAUGUCUAGAUUCUAGAUGGAAUUUGGAGAAACUGAUGGCAGCUAAAGUGCUGACAAGUGAGACUAUUGCGCUUACAGAGAAGAAAAUGGACAUGACGUUAGAUGAUAUCAUCAAGAUGUCCAAGACAAACACCAACCAUACUAAGAAGCAGAGGGUUUCAAAUAGAAGCCAAAAAUUUUCUAAUAACAUAGCUCAGGAUAAAUCUGCUAAGAUACAAAGGUUUAUGGACUCAAGAUCAUCUAUGAGACAGGGGGCUCUUGCUCAAAGAAGAUCAAAUUUUCAGGGAAACAAGUUUCCUUUGGCAACUGAGGCUGCCAGAAGGGCCGCAGUUGCUCCUAUUCACAAUAGGGUUUUCAAUCGUAGCUGGGCAGUGAAUGUAAAUAAACAGAGGUUUGGGGUUCCUCCUCCAGUUCCAAAGAAUGCUACAAAUGGUGGCAGGUUUAUGCCUAAGCAACAAAAGCCAGAAGUCAAGGCAGUGUCAAAGCAGAGACCUCAGACAUUAGAUUCUCUAUUUGCGAAUAUGAAGGAACAGAGGAUGAAGAUGCAAUCUCAGCAGUACAACAUGCCAAAGAGAAAUGGAGGCGGUGUUCAGUAUGUAGCGCCAUGGGCUAGAGGUCAUUUUGGCAAGUGAUAAUAUAUCUGUGCUAAGCCGUGAAUCCAUGUCGUUGCAAAUCAUUACUUUUAGAUUGUUAUGUGAAGUGAUAACAGAUCUCCAUCCAGCUGAUUCCCGCUCGGUUUAGUCCUUUUUAGUGUAUUCAGUACAGCCUAGAUGUUGCCCUUCCUGGAGGUAGAACGAAGACUCUUUGCAAAACGUUGUUAUUCGAUUCUGUUUCACUUUGUUCUAUGCUUACUAUAAACUUGUAUAGCAUUUCUUAGCUUUAUGUUUGGAUAACCUUUGUAUUGUAAGGUAGAUGCAUGCAAUUCAGCGAUGUCCCCGACGGACCGGAGGCAUUGUUAACUUCUUUUGGCUUUCAUACGAUUGUUUGGACUUUCCAAAAA